GGGGACGCGCGCCUGGAAUAUAAGCAGCGCGGAGCCGCACCCGGUCUCGCCGUGGUCGCUCAGCCUCUUCCCCUCUCAGCCGUACACCUCAAAACCAUCAGCGCCGCCCCAGUCCCCCCGGCGCCAUGGACGUUCUCCUCAACCUCGCAGACGACUACCUCCUCGACAAGGCGUGGGCCGCCGUGCUUCCUGUCUCAGCGUUCACAACCGCGUACACGAAUGCGCCCGGUCUAUACAAUUCCUCCCACGUCCCCGCCCUCCCCUCCCACUCUUCGGCAUGGUCCCAGCUAAUUUCAUACAUUCCCCAUCCGCCGCUCCCAGACGAACUUCUGACCUCGCCCUUGGUCGCUUCCGAGACCGUCGCCUCUGCGUGGCCGCGGGACUACCUGCCGCGCCAAAUCAUCUCCCUCCUCACCGUCACGCUCGUCGGCAUCCAUGUACUCUACUUCACCUUCGCCGGCCUCUCGUACAAGUACAUCUUUGACCACAAGAUGAUGAAGCACCCGCGGUUCCUCAAGAACCAGGUCAAGCAGGAGAUUGCGAUGAGCUUGAGGGGGUUCCCCACAAUGACGCUCCUCACUUUGCCGUGGUUCAUCGCGGAGGUUCGCGGCUACUCCAUGAUGUACAACGACGUCUCGAAAUACGGGUGGACGUAUCUGAUCUUCUCCGUGUUCUUUUUCCUCGGGUUCACGGACUACUGCAUAUACUGGAUCCACCGUUGGGAGCACCACCCUAUAUGCUACAAGUGGUUGCACAAGCCGCACCACAAGUGGAUCAGUGCGUCUUGCUCCUCGUUUACCGCCCGGAUGUCACUAACGUUUCACUUUGCAGUCCCCACGCCCUUUGCGUCGCACGCGUUCCACCCGCUCGACGGCUACGCGCAAGGCCUGCCGUACCACAUGUUCGUCUUCCUGUUCCCCAUGCACAGCAAGCUCUACCUCGGCAUGUUCGUGUUCGUGAACUUCUGGUCCAUCUUCAUCCACGACUCGGAUAUGAUAACCGGCCACCCACUGGAGACGAUCAUCAACGGCCCUGCGCACCAUACGCUGCACCACAUCUACUUCACGGUGAACUACGGCCAGUACUUCACGUGGGCAGACCGCAUGGGCAAGUCGUAUCGCCAGCCGCUCUCCGAGCUCGACCCCAUGCUGCAGGUCCAAGCCUUGGAGGCGAAGGAGGCCAAGGCCGCGCUCGGGAAGGAGGAGUGAUGUUCAUCCGCUCCCCUUCCCCGCCCGCCGUCGCUUCCCCUGCUCUGCUCUGCUCGCUCGCUUAUUCUUUUCUAUGGAUGUUUUAUCACGAUGCGCGCCACGACCCAGCCAAAUGUACACUACUACAUCCGCCCGCGCCCCGCCUAGCGGGCCCCGGCGCUCAUAGAUACUCGUAGGGGGUGCUGCUUUACCUAAUUCCCACCGCUGUCGAGGGUUGUCGUCUAUACCAGCAUCUAAUGCAUGCAUGUCUUUGAGGAGCAAACCUCAUUCCCG